AUGCGACAAAACAACGCCGUAGCGAAAGAGGCUUUUCGAGUUGUCGCCGACUUUGUCAAGAGCCCUCCACACGUUUCCAAUGGUCUUGUCGACUUGUUUGAAGACGAAAGGGGAGAUUUUGCUCGCUACACUUUUCAUGCGCUGGAAAAUCCGUACAGUGUCGGAGACCAGGUGUAUGCCGAUUGGCAACAACCGGGAUAUGGUAGCAACGCCAACACCAUCACGAACGCUCAUUCUCAAGGCUUUGAAGAGCAGCAGUUCAUCGUUGAUGAUUUUCGCUCGGAUCCAAUUUUCUACUCAGGAUCGUUACAAGGAUCUGCAGUGUAUGGAAGCCUGUUUGUAACUUGCUUUGAUCAGCUGAACACGAUAGCGGAAUAUGAAGCAGCCCAUGUUCCAGGAAAAUCUGACUGAUUGUAGAGAAGAUGGGGAGAUUGAUUACACCGCUUGCACUUAGAUAUAUGCUUCUAAAUACGUCAAGCCCUAGGGUUAUAAUUAUCUCUGUACACAGUAC